AUGUACAGGAUAUGGGAUAUCACAGUACUUCGAAGCGAAAGCCUCCACACACUCCGUUCAGAAAACUGCUGGAGGCCUGUUAUUACUAUCGAGGAUGGCCGGUCAUCGAAUGUAUAUGAAGUUCGGCUCGGGUCGGAUGGGCAGAAUCCUGACCAGAAGGUGUCGGGGUUCCGAUUAUACGAGGAAACUGCGCCUGUAAUUACGAUCAAGGCGUGGUAUCGACCGAUGGCGAGGAAGAGCAAGAAGAAAUUGCUGGGAAGUGCUACGUAUUCGCUGGUUGAGCUCGAAGCUCAGACACAUAAAAUCAAAGUCUCACUCAUACCGCAGCGUAACAACAUCAACACCAACUCAUCCUCACCACCCAUCAUACUCCUCCGCGUAAAGCCCGUCACCGGCACUUCCCCAACAACACACAACCUCCAACUCUCCCCAGCUCCAGACAUUGUGCACUCUCUACCGCCGUCUCCUGAUCCUAACCAUCUCAGCCCAAACAUCCUCGGGCUUUCGAUGACCCCGAGCAGCGGCAGUGUAAGCGGCAGCAGCACUCCCCGCGGAGUAUACGACGACAUCUUCGAACAUCUCCUCUCCUCCAGCUCCCUCCUCAGCCCACUGACGGUCCCCAGCCCCCUCCCCCAGCACAGCGAUAUUGACGACCCUCUCCCAGAGCUCAACCUCGUGGAACGGCUGGUCUCAGCCUUUACGAUCUAUAGGGAACUGAAAUGCGCGAGACUCGAGAAGGAUUUCGAGGCGGCGUUUGGGAAACAGCAGGAGGAGUGGACUUACGUUGCUGGUUUGCUUCUAGCACUUAUUGCCGUAAACACCGCCGUCUUUGCCAUCACCCCCGACUCCCAAUUCGCCGUGUCUUCCCCCGCCCGACUAACCGUAGCAGCCUCCGCCACGACCUCCGGCCUCGGACUCGUCUGCGACAUCUGGUUCAUCAGCCGAUACCGCUUCGGGCCUACCUCCACUCUCACGCAGCGGUCCCUCGAUUUCUUUGGGACGUACUUCUUCUUUGCGUUCUCCGCGCGUAUACCGAUGAUUUGCCUGCUGGCGUCUUCGGUGUGGUUGCUGGUGUUUCUGGGGAUUAUGGCGUGUGUGGUUAGUGUGGAUGUGGUGCUGGUGGUCGGGGUGAUUGUUGGGCUUGGGAUGACGGCGGAGGUUUGGGUGUGGGUGGUGUAUUGGUGUGCGAGGAGGGUGGUUAGGGGGGUGAGGGUUGGUUUUGCGUAG